CCUCGCGCUUUGCGCGCACCCGUACGAGUGGUGGAAAAAAGAAAAAACAAAUACCGGGGAAAAAAACAUUUCUAGCUAAAGAUGGCGGAGGUGGCAAUGUCUCUGAAAGGGAUGAGAGCGCAAAUGGCUGCAGCUGCGCAGGCGCAGGCAGACGAGCGACGCAGCCAGGCCUUAAGCAGCACGGGCUCUGAAGAAGCCGAGAGCCCAGCCAGCUCCACAGAAUCCCCGGGAGCCCGUCCAGUCAUCGAUGGAUCCGCGCUAAGAAUAGACGACAAACUCAGAGUAGCAAAGGAGAGGAGAGAGGAGCAAGACAAGCAGCAAGUGACGCGCGAGUCUCAGAUCCAGGAGCGCGAGCGCAAGACCAAGCAGCAGUACGAGCGGCAGAUGGAGGAGCGGCAGAGAAAGCUGGAGGAGCAGCGUAGGAAGGAGGGGCAGCGGAGGGCCGCCGCCGAGGAGAAGAGGAAGCUGAAGCAGGAGGAGGAGAGGGAGCAUUAUGAGGCAGUGUUGCGCCGCACUGUGGAGCGCAGUCAGAAGUUGGACCAGAGGCAGAAGAGGUGGUCCUGGGGGGGAGGCCUGACCGCAGACUCUGGUGACAGUGGUGGACCUACCGUAGUCACACCGUCCUCUCCAGUCAAGUCUCGCAGGAAAGCAUCCACAGAAGUUGAUAAACGCUCUGCAUCAGCCAUGAACCUCAAACAGCAGAGUGACUCAGUCGUCAGUAAACGCUUGUCCUCCUCCUCUGCUGCUAUUACAAAGUCUCCUGAGAAAAGCACUAAACCGAGGAGCUCCUCUCUAAGUCGGUUGCACAACAACACUUCCCAUCCUGCAAAGGACCCCCUUAAACCGCCUCAGGUGGAACAGACAGGCCCCUCCCAACAGAAGAGGAGCUCCUCCCUUUCUUCUGGGGUGGGGGGCAAGUUACUGCCCUCCCCAAAGAUUGAAAGAAAGGCGAUAAAGGACGAGCAAGCUCGCCGACCCCCGGCCACGCCCCUGGAAAACAGCGCCCUCAGUCGCCUGCUCACGUCUACCAAGGCCUCACUAGCUAGGAGCAAGAGCAGCGCUGCCCUGUCAGCGGAAGGAUCAGACCCCCAAGAGUCUCGCCUCUACCCUCGUUCAGCCUCGGCCAGCCCCCUGCACCUGUCCCGGGGGCCCCUGCGCAGCCACAGCACCGACCGGCAGAAGGGCUCUGACGGAUCCGCCCGCAGCUCCCAGAAAAGCGAGAAGCGCUUCUCGUCCCCGGGGACCAAGCGGCCGGCCUCGCCCUCCAGCGGUCCCAGCCGCCGGCGCUCGCCUUCCCCUGUGUCCCCGCCCUCCAACACCAGCAAGAGACCCGCCUCCCCCGCCACGGCCAAACAGAGCCCACGAAACCGCCCCCCUUCGCCUAGCUCAGCCAAACAGAGGCCCCCGUCCCCACAGCCCAGCUCCAGGCCCCCUCCCAUCCAGCGCCCGGCCCUAACCCCCACAGGGCCCCCCACCCUCCGCAAGAGGGACUCCAAACCGAAAGACAGCACCCCAGGGCAGCCAGUCACCCCCCAGCCUGCAGAGACCCCCCCGCCCAGCAACGCGCCGAGCGGCAAGAAUAAAGAUGACUCCAAGGCCAUCGCGGGAACCACAUCAGCCGAGGCCGCCGCCAAGAUGCUAUCUGAGAACCGCCGUCUGGCCCGGGAGCAGAAGGAGAGAGAGGAGCAGCUGAGAGUGCAGAGGGAGGAGGAGGAGAGGCUGAGGAAGGAGGAGGAGGAGCGCGUGGCGGAGGAGGAGAGGGUGCGUCGGGAGGAGGAGGAGAAGAGGAGGGCGGAGGAGAGGAAGAUCCUGGAGGCGCAGCAGGCCCUUGUGGCCGAGGAGGAGCGAGUGAGACUGGAGAUUGAGGAACAGGAGAGACAGGCCGAGCUCCAGAAAGAGCGCGAGGAGGCGGAGGCCCGGGCCCUGGUGGAGGCGGAGAUGCAGCGGCAGGAGAGAGAGAGGAUCAUGCAGCAGAACCAGCAGGAGCGCAUGCAGAGGAGGAAGAGAAUCGAAGAAAUUAUGAAGAGGACAAGAAAAACAGACCAAAAUGAUUAUAAGAGAGACGAUGAGAAGGGCAUGCUUGAUGAAAAUGAGGAAGAGGACAGCGAGGCCAAAGACGACGACCCAAAGGAGGGGGACUGCGCCUAUGGAGAGGCGGAGUUUGAGGCAGAGGGCUGGAGCCUCCAAGAUGAAGGGCCAAUGGCAGAGCAGGAGGGGAGCAUGAUCAAGAAGUCGGAGAUGGACAACAAGGAGAACAGAAGCAUCUUGUCUCAGAGGGACCCAGGGGCUGUCAGCCCGACGCCCAAGGCCCUGCUGGUGGAGGGCUCCGAGUUCCUGAACGAGGACUCCAAGAUGGGGCUGCUGCCGGGCCUGAACGGCAGGGUGGGGCCCUGGAGCUUCGAGGAGCUGAUCGAGCUGGGCGUGCAUCCCAAGGCCGGGCCCCUGAUCAGCGCCGACGGGGGCCCCGAGAAGUCCAGGGUGGCUUUCGAGGACAAAGGCAGCGCAGUGGGCACCCUCCACUCAGGCCAGCCCAUCGAAGCCCUGUCUGAGAUGUGAUGCUGUGGACCUGCAGAAGGACUGCGAUUAUCGCUCUCCCAGAGCCCUGUCUUUUGCCCCCGGAGGCCUCCCAGCCCCCAUCCCAAAGAUGCUUCGGCUCAGCACAGAGCGCGGAGAUUAGGAUUUCGGAUUGCUAACUUUGCACCUCAAAGAAUAAUUUAAAACAAGCUAAAAAAAAAAAAGAAAUGCUUCAGGGAAAACGGUAUAUUCCUUCAACGUGCUUACUUACUCUUGGGUUUCUCACGGUCAUGUCUGAACAUGAACUGAGUGUUGUGUUUUUGUUUUGUUAUUGUGUUAUAUAUAUAUAUGGGGGGGUGCAUAGUGUAAUUUAUUCAAAUGGCUUCUACCCUGCUGUUUUCUGCUCACUCUGUGUAUUCUGUAGGAGAAACAGACAGACGCAGACUGUGUUUGUGAGGGAGAGCAGGUACAUGAGCCUUGAGCAGAUGUGCGUGUGCAGGCGUGGAGAUGUUGGGUAUGAACUGAAAUGUCAGAAGUGACAGGAAGGUGACGUCUGUUAAAGAGGCCACUGCUGGCUCCCACCUCACUCUUCAGCCAAAGAAUGAAGGCAGACACAUACAGUAAAAGCCUGAUGAAGCCAUUGCCCUCACUCUCAAACGCACAGACAAGCUGUCCGGGGUCCAUUUUAAAAACGGCUAACUAGCCUUCGCUAUACAGGUCCUGAGACUUUCCCCUUGUAUGUUGCCUUUUGGGAGUGAGCUGUUAUGCUGACACUUGGGUUUUGUAAGGAUGAUUUAUGCACAUAAGAAAUGCAGGUCCUGAGCACAGUCCCCUCACAGACAAAACAGCCUAUUGCCUGAUUCCUUCAUCCUGACUCGCUCUAUUCUGAUCAACUGUGAAGGGAGUGAGUACAGGUGAGAAGCCUCAAGUCUCUAUAUCAGCAGACACUGUAUAGUCCAGUAGGGGGAGCUCUACAGUCACAACUGGGGCUAACUCACUGAAACACUUUUCUAUUGUCGGACUUUUACUUUUUGCCUUUAGUUUUUUAUGUAAGUUAAGAUUUUAGAAAUAUAAAAGAGAAAACCAGUUAAAGUAUGUGCUUUUGUUUAGUAAUUUUUUCUUUUAUUUUAUGUUACUGUUCUUGGAACUUCUUUUGCAGCCAUUGGUCUUUAUUAUUAGGGUUUGUUAAGGCUUUUUUUGCAGGUAAUACUUAUUUUUAUAUUUAUUCUUGACUGUGUAAUUCCAUGUUUCAAUUUGAAUGCUCCCUGAAAGAAACUGCUACUCAGCUGGUAAUAUGUGCAUGAAUGAAAAAUAUCUAUAACCUAAUACUAACCAUAAUAACACAUACUGUUAUGCGUGAAUGUUAAUAUGUGCACAGUUUAUCACUUUUCCAAAAGUCAACUCCCCAUCAAAAAAAGAGAGGUUUUCAGGUGUUCUAUGGGGGGGGGCUUAGUUCACAUUAGCCAUUUACCACACUAAUAAGUGUCAAAAUAAGAGCAUCUAAAAUGUUAUACAAAUAUUGUUUCUGUAUGAAAACUACUUUUUUGUAUGUCGUUACAUUUAAAUAUUUCUGCACUAACUCAAAUGGUUUUGAACAUAGUUCAUUUUGUCUGUGGCAUACCAUUUCAUUUAUUAUUUUUUUCAAUGUAACAUAAUUUGGCUCUCCAUUUAUAUAUAUUUUUUAUUUUAAAAUAUAUGUUGGCAUAUUUAAGUAUUUUUAUUUUGUAUAUAAUCAGUAUUAGGCUAUGAAGCCCCAUGUGGGAGAGAGGUGUAGCUGAGGCUGGGGUGUUGGUAUUCAUUGUUACUGUAUCAUUUUAGCACGUUCCAUAGCUUCAAAAACCCAUGCUUAAUCCUGUUUAACCAUUCAUUCACCAUUCUCUUUGCCAAGGGUUUCUUUAGCAAAAUCACUUUCAACUUUCAUUUUGUGAACAUGGUCAUCAAUGGCCACCAUACUACUUCUUCACCUUCUGUUUACAUGGUUAAGGGCCGGAGUGAGAAUGGAUGUGGGUUCUCUGUGUGCAGAACACUAUUUUGGUUGUGGUAACUGCCUGUGGCCAUUGACUUUUGAUUACAUAAGAAAGGGAAUGGUAUACUUGCUUCAGCACCACUUUAGCUAACAUGAACAAAGAGGGUGAGAGAAGGAGACACUAUUGUCCUGUUGUGGGGGUAUUGGCCUGUUCUGCCAUUAAAAUGCCAUUAAUGGGUGGAGGUCAGGAAUUCUGGCUUUGGCAUUGGUGUUGUAAACCUCUUAAGAGUACUGAACAGCAUAUCAGUGUACACACCUUUUUAUCCGAAUGGUUAUGGAACGUUCCGGAAAUAAUGCAAUCUUUGUAAUGUUGGAUUCUAUUCUGUAUUAGUAUCAAGGACUGUGACUGAAGUACUAGUUUGCAUUUUUUAAAUAAGUUAGUAAAGUAAAGCUUGCAUUAAUUGUGCUUAGACUCCCAUUGGGACAUGUUUUAGAAUGUGUGUUUUUUUUUUUUUUGGUAGCAUGUUGUUAUAUUGGAAACAAUCUGCUACAGAAAGUAUUCUGGUAAUGCUCUCAAACCAAUGAGUGAGUUUUGAGUGAACGCACUACAGAAAGGAAACCUCUUGCUCUAGGUCAACAAAAUAUGUUUAGCAGAUGUGACUGGUUUCUACAUUAAAUGUUUCUGCCUUUAAGUGUAACUUGGAAGAGUGCAUCAUCUAUUUGUGACGUUACUCGCCAUAUUAAAACUACUGUACCUACAGAACAUUGAAGUAGAACUUCUUUCAGAGGUUACUGUUUCAGAUAGUUGAACAAGAAAAAAAUACUAUUUUAACCCCGCACUGCAACACAUGAAGAAUAACAUUAAAUGUAGAGGUAGCAGAGGUUGUUUUGUAAAAGACUUACUACACAGAUCGGCCAUGCAACCGUGUUUGAAAAUUGAUUAGGCUUCAGCUUAGAAAGAAAGAUUCUGGAAGUGAUAUGAACUUGAUAUGAAGAUGCAAAGCUGGUGUGAAAUGUAAGCCAUACAUUCUAAUGCCAUGUAUGAUCCUUGUGCUAUUACAUUAUUGAAAAUGUAUUAUAUAUAUGUUUGCAUUACCGGUGAUGCAUUGUACAUAUUUGAUUUGGAAUGGUCACAUUGCAGAAUGUUUCAGUGUUUGCAUUAUUUCAGGUAGAUGGUCUGUGUCACAUGUUAGUCUUUUUUCAUUUUAAGGAAAGCGAUUUUCAACAGCAUAUUUCCCAGAGGAUAGUACUGAUGGUUGUAAGUAGAAUGAGGAAGAUGCUGAGAUGAGUGCAGACUGUCUUCACAUGUGGUCUCUCCUGUUUGGCUGUAAAAUUUUAUUAAAAGUACAUAUGACAUUAACAUUAAAAACACUGCAACAGUGGUAUGCACUGAGGCAACACUGUUGAAUUAUAAAGGUCUACGAUGCUACAUUAACAUUAGGGGCACAGCAUGGGAGGAAUGAGGAGCCCAGCACUGAGGCUUGCCCUACAUACGCACUGCAUUUGCAGCCAGUUCACCUUUGAGCUUCUGGGGCAGCUGACUGUUGCUUGUAAUUUGCUGAUUGUGGAAGAGACAUUUGCCUUGGAAAUGGCUCAUUGAAUUGGAUUUAUCUGAAGUAUGUAAUUCCACGGAGAAAUAUGAAAAUGGAUUAAUGCUAAUCCUUCUGGUAUAGCGCAGUGUAUCACCAACUAAUUAUUUCUGCAAAGAAAAAUAUAGAGCAGAUGUGUUUUUAGGACCUAUUUAAAGACACAUUUACAUUCGAAAAUAAUUUAGCAUUUUUAAUUAUGCAUAUGAUGGAGGAUUAAAAAUCAUUUCCUUUUAGCUCUGUUUUUCAGUGAAGAGAAGCCACUUUUUCUUUGAGUUGUUUUUGAGACUGAAUCAAGUAUGUUCUAAAAAUGGGGAAGCAAGUCUGUCUGGCCGUAGCCAAAUUCCAGUGGUCUAGCUGGUAUGUGCAUUAGUGUUUAAAGGAACACUACAGUCGUUCUUGGUUUGUAAUGUUUUUCCUCACCUGCUUCGCUGGCAUGUGACCUCAGCGGAUAUAGCCGUUUAUCAAGUGGCAGAGAUUGUGAUGUGGAUGUCUUGUUUGCUGAAGUGGCCAUGUUCAGUUAUUUCAUGUGACUCACAGUGAAAACGCCCUGUCCAAGACUUGAAAUUCUCUAAUGUAGUUGCUGCUUAUGCUGAAAUCUUGUAACGCUGAAGACCCAGUGCACAUCUCGGUGGUAUAGAGUUCACUAUUCUUAAGCUCAUAAUUGUUGCUACAGUUCUAGAUAUAGCAGUGCCUUAGUAUGAGAAUAGGCUAUGAAUAACUAAAUGUAUCGGAUUAAAUGUGCUUACCUUGGCCAUGACAAUCACGUUGCCCAAUGAGGGCACGGAAUACAUUGACUUGAGCUGUGCGGGUGUGUUUGAAUGCCCUGUCCACAAGUGAUAUUUGUAAAUAUACCUCCUAAGUGUAUUGAUGAAAAUCUGUUUAAAUAAAGUUUUGUGAAAUAAAA